AUGGCUUCUCCAGAGAAGAUCUCUGAUCCUACGGCGCAGACCGUGGAGCGCAUUGGCUCAAUCGACAAGAGCAAAGAUAACGAAAGACUAAACAUCUAUCUUGUGUCGCAGGUCGUCGCGGUCAAGGAAGUCAGAGGCAGCGAGGCCUUCAAUGAGGCUUUGAUCCGGGAAGAUGUGCCAAUGUUGCACCCGCGCACUCUGCAGCUGUUCGCCUGCCUACUCAUUGGCUUCUUCUGCCAGACGAUGAACGGCUACGACACGAUGUUGUUCGGUGGACUGCUCAACAACAAGGAAUACUUCCUCAAGCACUUCCAUGGGGAGAACAAGGGUAUCUGGGCAGGUCUCAUCACCUCCAUGUACCAGAUCGGUGGUGUCUCUGCCUUGCCUUUUGUCGGGCCCUGCAUUGAUCAGUGGGGACGCCGCGUGGGCAUGUUUAUUGGUAGCAUUCUCAUCAUCGUCGGCACCGUUGUGCAGGGCUUGACCUCUGCCAAUGCCUCCGAGGGCCAGAUGAUGGGCGGUCGAUUCGUCCUGGGUUUUGGCGUCACCAUCGCCGCAGCAGCCGGCCCCAUUUGGAUCGUGGAAACAGCCCAUCCCAAGUAUCGUGGUAUCAUUACUGGUCUCUGCAACACCACCUGGCUGGCCGGCUCGAUCUUGUCCUCUGGCGCGACGCGAGGUGGUCUCAACAUCAAAGGCAACAACUCUUGGCUCAUCCCCAUCUGGCUGCAGAUGGUCUUCCCAGGUUUCAUUGCCAUUUUCGCCUUCUUCCUGCCCGAGUCUCCCAGGUGGGUAUAUGCCAGUGGAAAGCGCCAGAAGGCCCACGACAUCCUCACCAAGUGGCACGGCUAUGGCAAUCCCGAUUCCGCCUGGGUCAGACUCCAGCUCAAUGAGUAUGAAGAGUAUCUCGAGUUGGACGGCUCCGACAAACGCUGGUGGGACUACCGUGCGCUCUUCAACAAGAAGUCGAGCCUCUACCGCACCGCGGUCGCUUGCUGGUUCUCUGCAUUCACACAAUGGUGCGGUAACGGUCCUCUUUCGUACUUUAUGUCCGCCGUCCUCGACACGGCCGGCGUCAACACCUCGAUCGGUAAAGCCAACGUCCAGCUCGGCUACAGCGUCGAGCAGUUCUGCUUCGCCGUCUUCGGCGCGCAUUUCGUCGAGCGAUUCGGCCGCCGCAAGAUGAUGCUGGCCGGGUUCUUUGGCGUGUCUGUGAUCUGGGUUUGCAUGACCGCCUCGGCUGGGACGCUGGCCAACUCGCUCGUCUCGGGCUCCGUGGACGACAGCGACGCCGUCUUUAGCAACAAGACGGCCGGCAACGCCGUGCUGGCCUUCAUCUUCAUCUUUGGCGCGUGGUACUCGUUCAACAUCACACCCUUGCAGGCCCUGUACCCGGUCGAGGUCUUCAGCUUUGAGAUCCGCGCCAAGGGUAUGGCCUUCCAGUCCUUCUUCGUCAACGCCGCUGGUCUGAUCAACCAAUUCGCCUGGCCCGUGGCGAUCAAGGAGAUCCAGUGGAAGACGUACAUCAUUUUUGUGGUUUGGACCUUUGUCCAGGGAGUGCUGGCCUAUUUCUUCUUCCCUGAGACGAAGAAGCGCACUCUCGAGGAACUGGACAAGAUCUUCGAAGCCAAGAAUCCCGUCAAGUACUCCACCCAGUCUCGCACCUUGGCCAUCACGGAGGACAACACCGUCGUCGCCGUCGACAUUGAUAAGGUGUAA